AUGCUAGCUGAUACUUUGGUGGCCCCGAUUAAUGAGUUCUUGUUGUCUAACACCUUUAAGCUUCUCGUCGUCCAUAUCGUAGUCAUCGGGAACUCUAUUUUUGGCAUCAUCCUCAAUGGCGCAAACGGCAAAGGAAUUGUUGUUUGGCGACGGGAAUUAUGGGCAACAGAGAAUGGAAGAAAAGGGAGUAAAGAGAAGAAAGGAGAAGGCUUCACUAUUACAGUAAAGAAAAGGAGAAGAAAGAAGAACAGAGGAAGAACAAGAGAAGAAAGAAGAAAAAGAAAAUGGGGGAAGAAUGUAGACUUAGACGUAUUAUCAGAGGGUUUUUGUGGACAAGGGAGUAAGGAGAAGAAAGGAGAAGUUUUCACUGUUACAGUAAAGAAAAGGAGAAGAAAGAAGAACAGGGGAAGAACAAGAGAAAAAAGAAGAAAAGAAAAUGAGGAAGAAUGUAGACUUAAACGUAUUAUCAAAGGAUUUUUGUGGACAUAUAUAGGUUCUAUUGAAAACUAUAUUUUUAAUAAGGGAGUAAGGAGAAGGUUUCACUGUUAUAGUAAAGAAAAAGAGAAGAAAGAAGAACAUGGGAAGACCAAGAGAAGAAAGAAGAAAAAGAAAAGGGUGAAGAUUGUAGACUUAGACGUUUAUCAGAGAAUUUUUGUGGACGUAGAAGGGAGUAAGGAGAAGAAAGGAGAAGGCUUCACUGUUAAAGUACAAAAAAAAAAGAGAAGAAAGAUGAACAAGGGAAGAAUAGGAGAAGAAAAAGAAAAUGGGGAAGAAUGUGGACUUAGACGUAUUAUACGAAGAUUUUACUGGACGAGGGAGUUAGGAGAAGAAAAAAGAAAGCUUCACUGUUACAGUAAAGAAAAGGAGAAGAAAGAAGAACAGGGAAAGGACAGGAGAAGAAAGAAGGAAAAGAAAUGUGGGAAGAGUGUACUUAGACAUAUUAUCAGAGGGUUUUUGUGGAUAAGGGAGUUAGGAGAAGAAAGAAGAAGGCUUCACUGUUACAGUAAAGAAAAAGAGAAGAAAGAAGAACAGGGAAAGGACAGGAGAAGAAAGAAGAAAAAGAAAUGUGGGAAGAGCGUAGACUUAGAGAAUGGAGUAAGGAGAAGAAAGGAGAAGGCUUCGCUGAGGGAGUUAGGAGAAGAAAAAAGAAAGCUUCACUGUUACAGUAAAGAAAAGGAGAAGAAAGAAGAACAGGGAAAGGACAGGAGAAGAAAGAAGGAAAAGAAAUGUGGGAAGAGUGUACUUAGACAUAUUAUCAGAGGGUUUUUGUGGAUAAGGGAGUUAGGAGAAGAAAGAAGAAGGCUUCACUGUUACAGUAAAGAAAAAGAGAAGAAAGAAGAACAGGGAAAGGACAGGAGAAGAAAGAAGAAAAAGAAAUGUGGGAAGAGCGUAGACUUAGAGAAUGGAGUAAGGAGAAGAAAGGAGAAGGCUUCGCUGUUACAUUAA